AUGCCAUCUAUUGAUCAGUUUUUUCAGCUUUCCGAGCGCGGCACCAGUGUCCGCGUUGAAGGCACCGCAGCCUUUACAACCUUUCUGACAAUGGCCUAUAUAACCGUGGUCAACCCCUCGGUACUGUCGCAGGCAGGCAUGGAUUUCGGCGCAGUUUUUGUUGCGACCUGCAUCGCCGCCGCCGUUGGCUCUAUCCUCAUGGGUCUACUUGGCAACUAUCCUAUCGCUCAGGCUCCGGGUAUGGGGCAGAACGCUUUUUUCACCUUUGCGAUUGUCCUUGGCAUGGGACACACAUGGCAGGCCGCGCUCGGCGCCGUGUUUCUGUCGGGAAUAUUGUUUGUGAUUCUAAGUGCCCUACCCAUACGCGAAUGGCUGAUCAACGCUAUCCCACGGAAUCUGAAACUGGGCAUCGCUGCGGGUAUUGGUCUGUUUAUCGGUUUCAUUGCAUUAAGCAAUGCCGGCAUCAUAGUUGCUCAUCCUGCCACCAUGGUCAGCCUGGGCGAUUUGAGCAGUGCUCCGGCCUUUCUUUGUCUGUUAGGCUUUUUUCUCAUCGUCGCCCUGACCGCCAGAAAAAUAGUUGGUGCCGUCAUUAUUGGCAUGCUCGGCGUCACCAUUAUCGGUUGGCUGACCGGGCAGGCAGAAUUUCAAGGCAUCAUUGCGCUACCUCCCUCAGCCGCACCGGUAUUUCUACAACUUGAUAUAGCCGCUGCAUUCAACAUCUCCAUGGUCACGGUAAUCAUCACGCUGCUGCUGGUCGACGUAUUUGACACGGCGGGGACCAUGGUGGGUGUUGCUACACGGGCAGGUUUAGUGGACCAGAAUGGCAAGCUACCGCGCUUAGGCAAAGCCUUGCUGGCAGACUCCGGGGCGACCGUGAUCGGUGCUUUAGUCGGCACCUCUUCGACAACCAGCUACAUUGAAAGCGGAGCGGGGGUCGAAGCUGGCGGACGUACCGGAUUGACGGCCAUAUUUGUUGGCCUGAUCUUUCUCGCCUGCCUGUUUUUUGCGCCCCUGGCGCAGAGCAUCCCUGCCUACGCAACAGCUUCAGCUUUGUUAUUUGUUGCCUGCCUGAUGGCAAAAGGUCUGGCUGAUCUGGAUUGGCAGGACAUCACGGAAUCUGCACCCGCAGUGGUUACAGCCCUGGCCAUGCCGCUGUCUUUUUCUAUUGCCGACGGCAUCGGUAUCGGCUUCAUCACCUAUGCUGGCAUAAAGCUAUGUAGUGGCGGUACCGCAGACGGUGGUGUGAUCAUAUCCGACAAUACAAUUAUCGAAGUGCUGGCGUCAGGUGAAGUACCCAGUGGCUCAGUAGAUGUUGUUUUUGAUGCCAGCAACAUGGUUUUGCUGCCCGGCUUAAUCAACACCCACCAUCAUUUUUACCAGACCCUGACCCGAGCCAAAAAAGCUGCCCUGAACAAACCCCUGUUUCCCUGGCUUACUGCUUUAUAUCCGAUCUGGGCAAAUCUAACCAACGAUAUGAUUGGAGUAUCCAGUGAGCUUGCUCUUGCAGAGCUUGUGUUAUCCGGAUGCACCACCACAACAGACCACCACUACGUUUUUUCAGAUCAGCUGGAUGAGGCCAUCGACAGACAGGUUCAGGCUGCGGAUCAUCUUGGUGUACGUGUGGUGCUGACCCGAGGGUCAAUGAGUCUCGGACAGUCAUCAGGCGGGCUACCACCUGACAACAUCGUACAAAGCCAGCAGACCAUUGUGGAUGACUGCGAGCGCCUCAUUCGCAGUUACCAUCAGAACACGCCAUACGCGAUGACGCAGAUUGCACUGGCACCGUGCUCACCUUUUUCUGUCACUGCAGAACUUAUGCAGGCCUGUGUGGAAUUAGCCGAAGAACAUGACGUACUGCUACAUACACACCUGGCUGAAACCCACGACGAAACGGCAUUUUGUCUGGAACAGUUCGGCCUUCGACCAGUCGACUAUCUGGAUCAGUUAGGCUGGAUAAACAGCAGAGCGUGGUUUGCCCAUGGCAUUCACUUUAAUGCCAACGAGAUAAAACGGCUGGGCUCCGCAGGCUGCGGGGUGAGCCACUGCCCCAGCUCAAACAUGAUUCUGGCCUCGGGAAUAUGCCCAGCGGCCGACCUGGAAGCUGCGGGAGUAAACCUUGCGCUGGGCGUUGACGGUUCAGCGUCGAACGAUUGCUCAAACCUGAUCCAGGAAGUACGUCAGGCAUUGUUAAUACAACGCCUCGGAGAAUCAUCACAAGCGCCAACCGACCAAUUAACCUCACACCUUGAUGCUUUGCGCUGGGCGACCCAGGGAGGUGCCAAUCUCCUGAACCGCCCGGAGCUGGGUCGAUUGUCGCCAGGCGCUGCCGCCGAUAUUGCUCUAUUCAAGCUGGACGAGCCACGCUUCAGUGGCAGCGAAGACGGGCUCGCCGCUCUCAUCUUAUGUGGGGCGGAUCAUGCUGAAGCGGUGAUGAUUAACGGGCAAUGGCGCGUACAGGGCGGCGCGCUGGUGAAUAUAGAUCUGCCAGGAUUGAUGGCACAACAUCAUCAACAGGCUCAACAGCUGUGGGCGGCGCUGUGA